AUAGGAAACAAUAAAAGGAAAUACCACAUAAUAAAGGAUCAAAAAGAUCUGCUGUGGCGACUCCGUAAUCAGGAAAAAGCCAAAAGAAACAAACAAAACCCGUUAACCAGCUUCUAAAUACAAUUUUAACAUUAUUAGAGCUCUGUGACCAUGGAAUAACUCCCCUAUAGUCACCCUUACACUCUUAGUGCCCGAUAUAGCCAACAUAAUAAAAGAAAAUAACACAUAAUAAACUUGUUAAGCAGCGUUUUAAUUAAAUUACACCCCUAAUUAAAGAACACCCCUAUAGUCACCCUGAUACCCUUACUACCUGAUUUAGUCAAAAUAAUAAAAGGAAAUAACACACAAUAAACCAGUUCAGCAGCUUCUAACUACACCUUUAACAUGAUUAGAGCUCUGUGACCAUGGAAUAACACCCCUAUAGUCACCCUUACACGCUUUGUACUCGAUAUAGUCAACAUAUUAAAAGGAAAUAACACAUACUAAACCCGAUAAGCAGCUUCUAAAUACACUUUUAACAUGAUAAGAGCUCUAUGACCAAGAAAUAACACCCCUAUAGUCACCCUUACACCCUUACUACCUGAUUUAGUCAACAUAAAAGGAAAUAACACAUAAUAAACCAGUUAAGCAGCUUCUAAAUACGCUUUUAACAUGAUUAGAGCUCUGUACAGAUGAAACAACACCCACCAGUCACUUUUACUUUCCUAUUACGGUAGACAGGACAGAGAAGAAAUGUUAUCCUUCUACAGCUGUAUCUCCACGUCACAGCUAAACCUGAUAGCUUUUUUUAUUUAGUGGUUACUUUUUGGCUCCUUCCUUCAUUUCUACAACACUGAUCAGCAGCAACACAAGUUUUAAGUUUUCCAUUCAUAAAAGAUAAGACACAGAAUUUUGCCAAUAAAACAUGUACGUGAUGUACACAAUGACAAUCUAGUUCCAUUUAUGUUCAUAAUAUGAAGUGUUAUGUAUUUACAUAAUGUCAAAUCUCUCUUUGAAGAACGACUUUAUGUUCAAACGCUGCUUACAUCAAACUCUACUCACCCAAUUCUUCAUCAUUCAUUCACGAGGGUCGCAGGGUGCUGGAGCCUAUCCCAGCUGUCUUGGGGCAAGAGGCACCCUGGACUGGUGGCCAGCCAAUCACAGGGCAGAUAUGGACAAACAACCAGUCCCAUUCAAUCCUAUGGAGUCGUCAAUUAGCCCAGUGUGGGAGGAAACUGGAGUACCUGGAGAAAACCCACGCACGGGGAGAACAUGCAAGUUCCACACAAAGAUGACCGAGGGUGGAAUCAAAAUCUGAUCUCCUAGCUGUGAGGCCUGCGUGCUAAUCACUUGCGCACCCUGCAGCACCAAAUAAAUCAAUACUUACAUUUACGAACAAACGAAUACAUAUUCAUUCAUCAAUACUCAUGCUCAAUUCUGUGACUUUUGCACCGUAAUGUUGACUUUUUGAAGGGCAAGAUGGAAGCGUGCAAAGGAUGCUGGGAUAUGAUGGGCCAGAAGGGUUGGUGGCAAUGCAGACAGGAGGACACAUUUGGUAGGUACAUAGCUACAUGAGUAGUGUCCCCCUUUUAACAAUGUACAGGCACCCAGCACAGCCUUAGUUCUAUUUUUAACAUUCUCCAUUGAAAUGUAUUCCCAAUAGUUUCCCAUAAAGCUUGCCAUCAUUUCUGCACUCCCAGCAGUACCAAAUCCCAUGGCUACAUCCUUCCGUCUACUCCAGUAUGCUAGCAAGUCGGUGCCUUCUCAGGUGGUAUGGUACUUUCCCUACCUCGAUCUGCACUGCUUCCAUCAGCAUUGGUCCAAUUGCCCAUCCUGAAUGCGUUGUGUAUAUUUCUUCCUAUUUUCAAUAAAUGUCUUUUAGCUGCAGCGCCAUACGCAGAACUUCCAUAAUCUAUGGUUGCUCUUCUCCAAGCCUCCAAGCUCUCCAUACUGUAUGUAUGCACAUCAAUGAUUGAAGAUGAUCUGCUCCGCAUUCUUUACCAGUAACAGCUUUUUACGUUCAUCUACUACCUACAGACUGUCUACAGACUUUACCUUGUGCCUUUCUGAUCCAGGCAUAUUCCAAUGUAUUUAAUACGUCCACUUUAACCGUGUUUUCUUUGUUAUGCCUUUUUCUUGUUAAAGGCCACAUGGCAUGAUUAGUCUUCCUCUCCGAUGCAGCCGCAAGGUGGCAGCAGCGUGAUGUCACCCUGGCGGCUUUGCGACUUUUCUGCCGUAAAACGGCUUCUCUGCCGUAAAACCGCUUUGGAAGUCGAAAAAGGCGGAAGUUAGCGUCUCGAGAGGCGAUACCGCCACAAAAUGUUGAUAAGGGAGCGACCGAUGGCGGCAGUUGAUGACAUAUUGGCGCUGUUUGAAAGAACCAUAUCGUCCUACGAGGAGGAACUUUCUCGAACGAGAGAGGAGAAGGAGCGACUUCGACAGCAACUGGAAGCUGUUUGCCAGACUGGGAUGAUGCUACACCUCGAUGCACAUCCCGGUGUCCCUCCAAGGGUAGUGGGCCCAGCAGGAGGCUAUCUUGGGGUGACGAAUAAAGCUCCCCUUCCAGGACAAGGGGGCAUCAGGAAGUCCCGACAAACCAUGCCAGAAGAAUGGGUGCAGGCUAACCCCAUACAUGAGGGCGGCAUCGGGGGGAGUGACAAGAAUGUCUCCCUUUCUAUUGUAACGUCAUUCAUUUGCAUGCUAUGGAGGAUAAGACUUCUCGCCAAGAGGCCGCUCUUGGCCAGACACCUACAGACCGCCAUGAAUACCGAAUAAAGGUGUUGUCUGACCCCUUUGUUUUUCAAAGACGUCAAGCCACAGCCCCCCCCCCCCCUCCCCACCUUAAAGAGGAGGCGGAUGUCACCACGUUGCCACUAACUGUCGUGUCCGUGAAGACGGAAGAGCAUGGAGAGGAACCCCGAGCAGGCGAGCACGCCACGUCACGCUCUCCUGAGGAUGAAGAAGCUCUGAGCAGCGACCGUGAAGGCGACACAGGGACUCACGGUGACAACAAACAUUGUAGAAAGAAGGCAGCUGUAAAAUGUUGGCCCUGUUCCAUCUGUGCUGAAAGCUUUUCUUUCAAGUGCCAUUUGACGCAACAUAUGCUGACGCACGCAGGAGUAUGCUCAGAGGCCCACUUCGACGAGACACACAGGACCCACACAGGAGAGAAAGGUUGUACGUUCUCCGUGUGCGGGAAAAUAUUUAGCCAAAAGCGUUAUUUGACGGUGCACAUGCGGACACACACGGAAGAAAAACCCGUUAGCUGCUCAGUGUGCGCUAAAAGCUAUUCUUAUAAGCGUUUGCUGAGUCAACACAUGCGAAGGCACACGGGGGAAAAACCUUACAGUUUAGAUCAGGGGUCGGGAACCUUUUUGGCUACGAGAGCCAUGAAGGCCAGAUAUUUUAAAAUGUGUAUCUGUGAGAGCCAUAUACAUUUUUUAAACAUUGAAUGCAAUGUGCAUUUUUAUGUAAGACCAACAGUUUUAGAUAUAAUGGGCUCUAAUUACGUAGACCAGGCACACUACCCCACACCAAUGGGGUGUGGCCAGCACACUUUCGUGAGCAGCGCAGUGUAUAAUAAUAAAUCAAAUACUUGUUGCCAUUAAUACAACUUCUGCUGCUGCAUGGUUUUGCACCGUACUCUGUACAUGUAUUUCAUUCUUUUGGCCAUCUUCGUUAGAAGGCUUAGUUCUGCAGCUUUAGCUAGGUGACUAUUUGACUAAAGGAGGAAAGUUUAUAUUUACAUGUUGACAUCUCAAUGACCGAGGUAGACUACCGCAUUACCCAGUAAUAAUCGAGUUUUGGUGUUUGACCUGGAAAAUAUCAUCAGGAAAGAUAGAUAUGGUUGGUCGUAUUGCAGUAGAAAAUAAAUGGACGGAUUAAAAUGCAUAAGAAAGUUGUUGAUUUUGAAUAUUAUUUAUAUCAUUUCAGUGAUGUUUACUUUAAAAUGUUAGCAAAAAUACAUUUUUAUUGUGGUAAGAAACGCUUGAGAGCCAGAUACAGUCAUCGAAAGAGCCCUACCUGGCUCCCGAGCCAUAUGUUCCCUACCUCUGGUUUAGAUUGUGGUGAAAAAUUUGUUCAGCGGCACACUUUGACAAGACACAUGAAAACGCACACAGGAGAAAAACCUUUUAGUUGCUCUGUAUGUGGGAAAAGAUUCGCGCAUAAGUCCACCAUGUUAUAUCACAUGGCGACACACACGGGAGAAAAAGCCUGCGAGUGCUCCGUUUGUGUCAAAAAGUUCUCUCUGAAGAGCGGUUUGGUUCGACACUCGAGAUCGUACACGGGAGAAAAAAACCCUUUAGUUGCUCGGUUUGUGGUAAAAGCUAUUCCAAGAGAACUCUGACGUCACACAUGCAGACGCACGACGCAGAAUAAGCCUUUUCCUGCCCGCUUGGCAUCCCAGGGUCAUCAAAUCAUGCAUGUCGCGUCAUGAUGUCUACCCUCCCUGUGAUAGUUACACGGUGUCUCUGAACGCAACCCUCCAUGGCUUCUAACAAAAGUUACACGGUGUCUUUGAACGCAACCCUCCAUUGCUCAAGAAGUUCCAUGGUGUCUUCGAACACUCCAUGGCUCCUAUAAUAAGUUCCACUGUGUCUUUGAACGCUCCAUGGCUCCUAAUAAGAGGUUAGGAGGAAGUAUUCUUCUUGUACUUUGUAUAUUUGCCUUGCCAACGUUCUGUGCAAAUAAAGACGAGUUGGA